CCUUUUCCUGUGCCGAAAAAAUUGAGCAGUUUGGGUGUUUUAGCCCUCCGACUCAAUCCAAAGCCAUCGUCCCCGAAAGGCGCGGUACUAGCUUGUAAAAAUGACCGAGCAGAUGACUUUGAGAGGAACCCUGAAGGGUCACAGCGGCUGGGUGACGCAAAUCGCCACAACGCCUCAGUUUCCCGACAUGAUUCUGUCCGCGUCCCGAGAUAAGUCUAUCAUUAUGUGGAAGCUAACCCGUGAUGAGACUAACUAUGGCGUCCCCCAGCGUGCCCUUCGUGGACACUCUCACUUCAUCAGUGAUGUGGUCGUCUCCUCUGAUGGGCAGUUUGCUCUCUCUGGGUCAUGGGAUGGCACUCUGCGCCUCUGGGAUCUCACCACUGGGACCACAACCCGCCGUUUUGUUGGCCACACCAAAGAUGUGCUAAGCGUUGCUUUCUCUGCUGACAACCGCCAGAUUGUCUCAGGCUCCCGUGACAAGACCGUCAAGCUGUGGAACACACUGGGUGUGUGCAAGUACACCAUUCAGGAUGAGGGCCACAGUGAGUGGGUGUCCUGUGUGCGUUUCUCACCCAACAGCAGCAAUCCCAUCAUUGUUUCCUGCGGCUGGGACAAGAUGGUCAAGGUGUGGAACCUGGCCAACUGCAAGCUGAAGACCAACCAUAUUGGGCACACUGGCUUCCUGAACACGGUUACUGUCUCUCCUGAUGGGUCUCUGUGUGCCUCUGGUGGAAAGGAUGGACAAGCCAUGCUGUGGGAUCUGAAUGAAGGGAAGCACCUGUACACUUUGGAUGGUGGUGACACCAUUAAUGCCCUGUGCUUCAGCCCCAACAGAUACUGGCUCUGCGCAGCCACUGGCCCCUCCAUCAAGAUCUGGGAUCUGGAGGGCAAGAUUAUUGUUGAUGAGCUGAGGCAGGAGGUGAUCAGCACCAACAGCAAAGCCGAGCCACCGCAGUGCACUUCUCUGGCCUGGUCUGCUGAUGGACAGACUCUGUUUGCUGGCUACACUGACAACCUGAUCAGAGUGUGGCAGGUUACCAUUGGAACCCGAUAGAAAUUCCAAGAACAAAAUGCUAAGAAUGAACUUGGAUUAAAAUAAAUAAAUAAAUAAAAAUCGGAA